AUUUUUAAUUAUAACCGUGGACCACGAUGGGGAGUCCAUCUAUGGAUGACACUGCCACGGCAAUUCUUUGCACGGUUUGUGAAACGCGAUGGUCGCUUCACCACGCCGCUCGUCACUCACGGUGGAAACGUGCGCUUUAAAGCGUGGAACUACCUAGGCGCAACCUAUGAUGGAAAUACAGGUAUGGCGACUCUGUGGGUGAACAACCGACCCGUAGUUCGGACCAACAUCGGGAGGUUACGCCUGGCUACGAAUCGCCCAGUACGAAUGGGUGCAAAGAUCGGUGAUCGGCGUUACUUCCGAGGCAGAGUGUCUUGUGUUCAGGUGUACAGUGUGGCACUGAAUCGGAAGCAGAUAAUCGAUGCUUCCAAGAGAUGUUUUAAAAGUAAGUAAACACAACUUUUGUAAGCUGUUAGUAUCUAAAAGUGGAAUUUCACACAGUAAUUUUCUUUUACACAACGUAUUCUGUCACUCUUUUCACUGAAUGCAGGAAGGAGCUAAAGCAUUCCUUGUGAGGCUAAAAUAAUGGUUUCUCCUUUUUUUUCUUUCCUUUUUUUUGGUUGACAGGAAAACCACCUCCAGCACCUCCUUCACCAGGUAUGAUAAUUAUAAUAAGUGUCGAUAAGUUAGUGUUAGUCAGCUAUCGAUACACUCUUUUGAAAGCUUUAUGUUUGCUAGAAUUAGGAUAAUUAAUCGUUGUGAAGAAGUGGGGACAUCGGAACUGUCUGUGAUAACUAAGAACAAAGCAUUUCAGCCAAUUACAAUACAGUUGCCUGUCGUAGUGGUAAAUAAUUUCGCUUCUGUUUCCUUAAAUUCUCUUUGUUUUCCAAGAGUAUUCAGUCAACUCUUUCAAUACCUUCAUUAGACAGACACCUCAAGUUGGUCCUAGUUGUACUUUAUUUAGUUUUGUAGUAUUUAAUAGAGUAGUGCCGUUAUAGCUGCCCUUAAGCCUACGCCAUAUUUGCGAUCUCCAAACGUUAAAAAAGAAGUUGCCAAUAGUUUUGCAAAAAGACUCAACUGCAGGUUUCGAAAAAUCGAAACAGUUCACAGUUCUUUAGUCCUAAAUACGUAGAACUAGUGCUGCUGACUGUCACCCGGCUAGGUGACAAGCACUGCCUCUUCUCUCUUAUACGACCAUUGUGGAACGUAAAGACCCCUUACGGACCUAACCCUCUGUGGCAUUGACAAUCUCUAGUGUGCAGCUGUCAUGGGUUGUGGGCAUGGGUGGGGAGGGCACUUCACAUGGUAUCAAGGAGUCCUGAUUUACCGAUCUUCAUUGGGCUAGUCUGUGUCUAGUCUAAGACAGAUAUGAUAAAGUGUGAUUACUGUAACCUGCCUGGGGUUUAAUUGCUGAGAAACAGUUUGAAUUGUUAGUUAAAGAUUAGUUUCCUUUUUUGUCAUUCAAUUCCAGUCUGCAAAACUGUGGUAGACCUCGGCUUCCUGAUCGAUGGUUCUGGAAGCAUUGAAUACCGCGGCCGGGGCAACUUUCGGCUAAUGCUUGAUUUUAUCAAGUCUAUCGUCGUCACACUACCGAUAUCCAGGACCCAAUCACGCGUUGGUGCUGUUCUGUUCUCCACGAGGCCCAUACCGCUGUUUAGGUUUGGUCAGUUGAACACGUUCACCCACAUCAAGCAAGUCAUUGACAACAUCCGCUACCCACGCGGCAGCACAUACAUUGGCAAGGCGUUAGCUCUCACAAGGAGAUACCUGUUCAGCGGACGUAGACGCCGUAACAGCAAGCGUAUUCUUGUCAUGCUUACAGACGGAAUAUCUCAAGAUCCCGUGUCCAGGCAGGCAGCGUUACUAAAGGCACAAGGCGUGGAGGUUUUUGUUGUUGGUAUCGGAAAAGCGCUGAAGAGACGCCAGCUGCUACAAAUCGCAACCGAUAGGCAACACUUUUCUGUUGCAUCAUUCAGAGGACUGGCUACAUUAUCGAAUGCCAUAAGAUCUAAAAUCUGUCAGAUUAUCACUCCACCAGGUUUGUGCAUAGGGUCAUUAAUAAGAAAAAACAGCUGCUAUUAUAGUUGUUCGCGGUUUCGAGAUAAACAUGAGGGGAACGGAUAAUACUGAAUCGCAUUAACCUGAUUACCUCGUUUCCGUGCCUUUUUAAACAAUAGAUUAUUUAACCGCGGGCUCAACUGUUUUGGUCAAACAGCUGUCCUGAGACAACACCACCAAGUAAUGUUUGUAACGUCAUGUGCGAAAUGUUAAAUACCACGGGCACUAACCAAUUUACUCAAGCCAUCCGGUUGGAAAUCUCGGACCAGAAUCCUUCGGGUUUUUUCUUUCUUGUGCAAAUUAACGCCUUUGUUAUUUAAACCUCGCUGGGAUUACCAAAUUUAAAUGUGAAAGGAAAAGCGAAAAGAAUUCUGGUCGUAGUAGUAAAAUAACGCCAUCUUGCAAAUGGCUUUGCGGGGAAGGUCCCCUUACAAAGUCUAUCCAAAUCAGCUGGCGAAACAAAAGAAAAAUUGCAUCACCUCAAAUCACUGCUCAUAUCUUUAAAAGCUCCCGAAAGGAAAUGGCUCGAACCAUUUGCUUUUCCGACCGGAAUUCCCAGUUUCCCUAUUUAAAUGGUAACGCCCUAGUACCCAAAGGUGUUCCAGAGUUUCCUGUAGUAUUCGUUAUUUUAGUACGUGUGCCUCUUUGUUACAAACUUCCCAUCCCUGGAAAACGCCUGUUAUUUUAAUAUUGUCACCCAAAAGCCAGAAAAACGUCUUGAAAAUUGUUCUUUUAAACUACCUCUGCGAUCCCAUAAUUCAGUGAAUUGGGCAGUGGAUGCGGUGGAAGAAAAGAAGCUUUUCAUUUUUUUUUUUUUUUUUUUGGAAGCGGGGGCCAUCAUAACAAUUUUAUUUAAAUAUUAAAAACGAAUGUUCCGGGCCCUAAAAUUUCAUAUUUACCUCACAAAAAAAAACCCUGGCUUUCUCUCACUAGCAGGAGAUUUCGGAGCCCUCCUAUGGCCAAGCUUUCCGUCUUUGACGAUCAUGGCUGGUAAUAAGGGUGCGCGAAAAUGAUAACCGCAAUGACAUACUUUUAACGUAAUAAAAUUUUCUUAUGUUCCCUUUUCUUAGUUUCUCCGGUUCCACCUAAGCCAACAAGAGGUGAGUUAUGGAUGAAUCCUCCAGAACCCUUUUUCGUUGAUAUAGCGUCCUACAAAUCCUUGAUACCAAUUCUUCAUCCGUAAUGUUUGAUAAAGGAGAGACUUAUUCAUCUGUGAAUCUAGUUAAGGGGAAUGACAGAAAUGAACAAAUGUAUCGUAAAGUGUAAUUGUAACUGAAAUCAAGAUAAGUAUCUUCAGUAUAAAUUAUAGGUGAAUCUGUACUCUUGCCUCUAUUCUAACAAGAGUUCUGUCAUUUGCAGCUCCCCUUCCAAGAACACUCGCGGUAUAUGCAUUGGACGGAGUACGUCGAGGAAAGGACAUAAGCAGAAACAGAAACCCCAAGGCAAUUCUAAUCGGCGUUCGCCCUGCUCCAGGUCCGGACGGACGGCGAGAUGGGUCUUUACGAUUCUACGGGCGACGAAACAGCUAUGUGGAAAUACCAAACACGGGAAGGUUGGACGCCAGAUACUCUAUAACCAUUCUUGUUUGGGUAUUUCAUGAGGGAGUCGCAGGUCCUAUCUUCAAUUAUAACCCACGGGGAUUCGGUGUCCAUUUAUGGAUGACGGGACGGCGAGAGCUUUUCGUGCGCUUCGUGAGACGCUCGCGCCAGUUCACAACAGCAAUUAAAAGUCGACGUAUCAAGUACAAGGCAUGGAACUACGUUGGUGCAACGUAUGACGAAAGGACAGGCAGAGCAACACUGUUUAUAAACUCGAGAGCAGUUGCGUACAGAAGGAUCGGCCGCAUCCAGUUGUCUACAAACUACCGUAUAAGGCUUGGAGCGCGGAUUGGCGAUAGGAGAUAUUUCCGUGGAAGACUCUUUUGUGCACAAAUCUACAGUGUCGCUCUAAGCCGGAAACAGGUCGACGAAGCAAAGCGAAAGUGCUUUUUGCCAAGUUAGUACCAACCUAUUUUCCAUUUCUAAUCUUUAUUUCCUGGCUAUGUUCAUUUUCCAGUAAAAGUGUUGACAUAAACGGCACGGCUUUGUAUUCGUAGCAUUUUUAAUUAGUUCCGAGUACUCGCUGUAGCAUGAUUUGCAAGGCCUAGGUUUCACGAUGAUUGCCGAUUUAUUCGACAACGACAGACAAACACAUUUCUCUCAUCCAUAAACAGUCAAUCAAUCUAUGGCAGACAAGGAAGGAGAAAGGGGUAAAGUGAGUCGAGCGACAUAAUUAAGGCGAAAAUGAUGCAAAGUUUAAAGUUAGGAUGGUUUUAAAUUGGAAAAUACGCUCUUUCUUCCAGUUCCACCACCGCCGCCAUCGCCACCUGCGCCACACCCAAAACCACCACCACGAGGUAAGAAUACUUUUACUCCCUAUAGCUACUUCAGAGACUCUAGGGAAAAUGGGUACAAGCUUUGGGUGGUCAAGCGUUAGUUAUGAUUGGUCAUAAGUAACGCUAGUCCAACCACACGCUCCCAGAAAUCGUUGCGCCUAAAGCUUGUACCUAUUACCUAUAUAGUUUCUGGAUUGGGGAAUUUAGCACCAUUCUUUUAUAGCCGUUUUGGCAAAAUAUUAUGAUAGAUAAUCAGCACUGUCAAUUAUCUGAAUUAUUUGUUUUCUCCCUUUAAAUGCUUAGUUUGCAGAGCUCGUAUUGAUCUUGGCUUCCUAGUGGACUCAUCACCUGGCAGAUUCAGCCCCCGUGUGAUUCGACAGUACAUCAAGGAGACAAUCAGACGAUUUGAAGUUUCAAGGACAAAAGUACGAGUCGGCAUUGUGCUGUUCACGUCCAGACCCACUUUAAUGAUGAGUUUUGCAAGAACUGACGCGCGAGCACAAAUCUACAGUGCUGUGGACCGGCUGCAGCUUAGAAGGCGAGGUGGAAGGUAUCUCGGGAGAGCCCUGACAUACACCAGACGCUACCUGUUCCGAGGCAAGCCGCGCUGUGGGCGAAGAAGAGUACUUAUUGUCUUGACAAGCGGAACCUCUCGCGAUAGAAUAAUGCGCCCCGCAAGGCGCUUGCAUGCAUCUGGUGUUGAAAUAUACGCCAUUGGUAUCGGCAGUGUGGGAAGAAGAUUUCUGCUGCAGAUUGCAACAGGGUCUAGACACGUGUUUAAUGUCGGCGCAAGGAGACUGGUGUCAAUUACGCGGAUUGUUAAGGACAGAAUUUGUAGUUCACCAGGUAUUAUACUACUGAAAGGAGCGAGCGCUAAGUCAAAUACAGUAAAUACCCGCAUAUAAGAACCUAGAUUUAAGAACCUGUUAGGCUAAGAUUGUCCAUUUAGACCCCUUUUACAUAGGAACCUAUUUUAACCUACAAUUUUGAAGCAGGUUCCUAUUUUGAGAAAUUCAGUCAAACCCUGAAUAUACAAAUUUGAUAGAACAAGCUCAACUAGUUAGUAAAAUGAAAACAAAGCCCUCGCAAUGAGACAAAUGACAUGUAGAUCUAUAUAUCCUUGCACUUGCAUGCCCACAUAGACCCACGUAAUAAUUGCCUCUUUUAAUUGAUAAUACCAUUACCAAUACCAUAUGGCAACAGAACACAAGUGUUAUGCAUAUUAUGCAUUGAAUACCAAAAAUAGGCCCAAGUAGACAACACCCACCAAUGACAAACUCCUUAUUUAUUUUUAAGAAUAAGAACCUGUUUGAGAACCCGAGUAGCCUCAUUUUCCAGUUCGCACCAUUUUUAUAAGAACCUUCUUAGCCUAGCUUAGGAAAACUUAGGUUCUCUUACGCGGGUUUUCACUGUACAUGAGACAGUGUGCGCAAAGUACAUCUUUUAACAUUAUAGGUAUUUCUUACACUGUAGUCCCCUUGUGACGUGAAAUUCUUACGCCGGCUACCGAUUUUAAUUUUGCACAAACUGAGAAAAGCACUUCUGGAAGUAGAAGUUUUAGGAUCCUUUUUUCUUCACUUAAGAACGUUCUCCCUACGUAAUCAUCUGAAAUUACUCCUCAUUCUAAACGUGUUAAGAAAUGAUUAUCAUGUGAAUAGUCUAGUAUUUCUCUAACCUAGUAUUUUUAAAACGAGUGCCAAAAGUACCUAGCAAUCGAUUAAAUAGCAUAAAACAAAUCAUUCAAUUUAAAGAAACCCAGGUUUAAAAAACAGUCUUUAACAGGGGUAUCCUUUUAUCUUUUUUCCAGUAAUUAUUUCCGGAGGAGCGGUUGCUGUGUACCCAUUUACAAGUGCGUCUCGUGGAAGUGACGUCAGCAAGUUUAGGAACCCAACAGCUCGGCUUGUUGGUCUUUCCCUUAUUCAAGGGCCCGAUAGACAUCCUCAGGGAGCUUACUUUUUCCCUGGGAUAAAAGGGCGAAGAGGAAGACCCAGUUAUGCUUUAAUCCCUAACAACGGUUGUCUUGAUACUCGAUACUCCAUAACUAUUAUUGCCUGGGUGUACCCGGAAAAGCCCGGUCCCAUAUUGCAUUACAAUCCCAAUGGAUGGGGAGUUCACUUUUGGUUAACUCGCCCGAACGAACUUUAUUUUCGUUUAAUGCCAAGACAAGGCUCGCGAAGGAGAGUAAAACCGCUCACUAGUAAAGGUAUUAAGCCGUACACUUGGAACUAUGUCAGUGCCACGUACGAUCAUCGCACAGGACUUGCCACUCUCUGGGUGAAUGGCCUCCCUGUCUCU